GGUGUCCUAAUAUGUGUGGUGGAAAAGACAACACUUAUCGUGAUGUUGCCUGGAGGCCUGUGCACUCACCUAGUGUACUCGAGUGUACAUUACCGUCUUGGCUCUGAACAUACUUACAUAGCUGACGAUGGUACAGCAUUUUAUGCAGCUUCCGACCUUGCCAUGAAGAGUGGUAUGCAUUUCCUUAGUGAGAUAGACCUGACCAGUUUCUUGAAUAUUAAUGUGGAUCACGCUUUUACUGGGUUUCUGACAUCAAGCACUAAAUGGAUCCAGGAAACACAUCAGGAUGGCCUGGCUUUUAUAAAUGUUCCCAACAAAACUGACAACGUGAAGUUUGAAUCAAUAAUCAAGAAAACAUGGGAACAUAUCUCAACCCAUAAAUUGAAGCAGAUGCUCCUUGUUGGCAUAGAUUACAGAGAUCGAGGUAGCGCUGACCUGGCGAAAUCACUUUCUGGAAAAUGCACACUGAUGAUGUUCAUCACACAUCCUAGACAAAGUUGUUGUGAAGGGCCUUGCAAAGUGGCAUAUCCUUCAAGGCCCCAAACGGAUGAAGACAGCGCUCUCAUGCAAAAGGUUGAACUUAACUCUGGCUCGGCAACUACUCCAUGUGUAUCAUUCAACAUGGCUGUCAGAGUAUUUCACUGGCGUAAACAACACUUCAGUGUCGUCAGGAAGAAUGGGCAAGUUACAGCCAGGUGUGCAGACUAGAUGCAGUAUCAGAGCAAGAAAAAUUCGGCAUUUACUCCAGUGAUGGAAAUGUUUUCACGUUUGAGACCACUGCAUCCAUCAAAGACCGGAUCUCAAAAGUGUCUUCCAAGGUGAAAGCAAUGUGUGCAGCUGUCUUCGAACUUGACUUCGAGGACACCAAUGGCUCCUGUGCCUCUGACGGUGUUGCCUUUCCUAGGGUGCGAUACAUUCAACAAGAGAUGACUGCUGUGACAAAGAUCCCUGACACCACCACUGAGAUGGAGCCAACAGCUUCGCAGACCGUUACCUCCGACACGAGCACUGAGACAGAACCAACAGUAACGGAGACUGCCAUAAAGACCACUGACACCAGCACUAAGAUCAAACCAACAAUAACAGAGACCGUUACCUCUGACACGAGCACUGAGACAAAGCCAACAGUAACGGAGACUGCCAUAAAGACCACUGACACCAGCACUAAGAUCAAACCAACAAUAACAGAGAACCUCGGACAUGAGCACUGA